GUAAGGGUGUCCAAAAUGGCCGAAACAAACCAACAGGUAACCAUUUCUGACUCCAAAUCGUCUCCGUUUGUCAUCAAAACCGUCGAGAUGCACACGGGCGGUGAACCUGUACGAAUCAUCAUCGACGGAUACCCUAAAAUCGAGGGGAAAACCAUCCUAGAGAAGCGGGCCUACGUUCGGGACAACCUGGACGUUUUCCGAAAGAGGUUGAUGUGGGAGCCGAGAGGCCACUAUGACAUGUACGGGGCCCUGUUGGUCGAGCCAGACGACAAAAACGCGGACAUCGGCGUGCUUUUCAUGGAAAACAAGGGCUAUAGCACCAUGUGUGGACAUGCUAGUAUCGGGCUGGGGCGUUACGUGGUAGAUAAAGGGAUAGUUACCGCGACAAGCCCUCAGACAGAAGUCGUUCUCCAGUGCCCGACCGGCCCCGUGAAAAUGUGGGUUGAUUAUCAAGACGGAAAAAGUGGGCGUGUCAGAUUCCACAGUGUUCCAGCGUUUGUCUUUGCGCUCGACAAAGAAGUCGACGUUCCUAAGUAUGGGCGUGUAAAGGUAGACAUCGCUUCCGGAGGAGCGUUCUACGCCAUUCUCCCCGACAGCUCUCUCGGGCUAGAUAUCCGUACAGCUCCUGUUCAAGCCGUCAGGAACGCCGCCACAGCAGUGACAGAAGCCGUGAAGAAGGCCGUGCCGUUACGCCACCCGGAGCACCCGGACCUGGCGUUCUUCUACGGGACGAUUAUAACGGACGGGCGGGACGAGUACGACCAGAAGCCGACGGUUCAGACCAGUGUGUUCGGUGAUGCGUCUGUAGACCGGUCUCCGUGUGGAUCUGGGACAACGGCAAGAGUUGCUGUGCUGCACCGCCGGGGCCAGAUCGACCCGUCCAAAGCGCGGCAGUUCGCGAGCGGCCCCACGGGCUCGGUGAUGACGGGCCGGCCGGUGAGAGAGACCAGGUGGGGAGAGUUCGACGCUGUGAUCGUGGAAGUGGCGGGAAAUGCGUACUACACCGGAACCGCAGAGUUUACAGUCGAGCCGGACGACCCGCUGAAAAACGGUUUCCUUGUCAAGUGAUUGUCGGUAUUUUAUGACAGUUAAGAAGGGCCGUACGUCAAUUUUUGAGAGAUUGUUUCAUACACGUUUCUAUAAAAGACUACCCAAAAGAUGGCUUCCUUAUCAAAUGAUUAUCAAUGUGCUACAAGGCUGUUCCUUACGACCAACAACAUGAGCAAUUGUCCUGUCUUUACUUUUUUACAAUGGACGUUUAUUUUGCCAAUACUUCUUACCAAUAUCAUUUUAACCAAGUUC